CACUCUUCCUUCUCCAUCGCACGCUCGCUCGCGUCAUCGCUAUCGUCUGCUGCGAUGGCGUCUCCAGCGGCAGUGGGGAGAGCGCGACUUGCAGCCAAAGGAGCUGCCACCAUCUACGACUCGUAUCCGCUGAGCCUUCGCACAUUCCUGGUCGAAGGCCCGCAGCCCUUUGUGCGUUCCGUAUCGCACUCGAUGGAAGACCCGACGCAAAAGAUCAUGGCCGUCGAUGACGACGACUUCCUCAGCAACCUGCACAAUACGUCAUCCUCCGUUGGCACCAUCGACCUGAAUGACGGAGUGAGAACAGGGACGACGGCGCGUUCCACAGCGCUGUGCAGUACGUUUGGCAAGUUCCACAACGAGGUGUUCGAGACGAAAGAGCGCUCCAAAGUGCUCAGCGCGUUACGCCAUCGCGGUAAAGCAGCGAAAACUGCGUCCAGGAUGAAACAGCGCACUCCAAUGCGACCUAUAGCGCCGUCGACGUUCACUGCGGACGACGUACUUCGCGCUGGCACACUGACGAAACAGGGCAGCUGGCGACGCAACUGGAAAACGAGGUUUUUCAUUCUUCGAAGCGACUGUCCGAGUUUGUGUUACUUCACGUCCGAGGACAAAUUGGAGCUGUUAGGCGAGAUCCCCGUCACCGAAGACACGAUCGUAUUGGACCGCAGUGGCGGGGGUCACGCCCCGUUCCGGUUCCAGAUCCGAACCGAUGCGCACACGCUCUUGCUGGAAGCCGAGAGCCGCGAGAACCAGAAGCGGUGGAUCGAUUCGUGCCAAGAACUGGCCGACGCCAUCCGAGCGUCGAAAUUCGCGGUCAACAAUUCCGUGUCGAGUUUUUCCAUGGACGGUCGUCGUUCGUCACUAGUGCGAGGGACUGCCGUACACACUUUCCGUCCCACUGAAAAAAAUGUCUCUGCUUUAUUGGAGGCGAGUGCGUCAUCAUCACAGAACUGGGACGACACGGAAAUUAGCGGGGUGGACGACGUGGAGAUGAGCACGAGGAGGCACCACAACCCGCAUCGACUCACUAGCAGCAGUGCCAGUGGCUCCACGCGGUCUGCAACACCGGAAAACACGCCGCGUCGAUUAUAUGACUUGUCAAUCUCAGUGAUGAUGGGCAGACACAGCAAACUGGCAAAAUCAGUGGAACAUUUGGAUAAGGAUAAAGACCGCACGGGCUGUUUCGUCACUGUCAGUGGCUACAUCCGCAGUAGCAACACGCUUGUGGAACUUGGCGUGACCGAUGCAGUCAAACUGACGACGUUAGUGGCCACGUGUAUAGCAGCUUGUGGCACCUCGGGGGAUCCAGCUCCCGUGCCCUUUUCGGUUGUUAUGACGGCGGAACUGGAGCGAUAUGACCAACUCCGACUGGCGUUGUGCAAGACGCAACUUUCGCAGAGUCCGGGUAAUGUUCAAGGCACUUUUGGAGUGGGGAGGUGUCUGCUGGAUGGACAGUUGUUAGGCUCGACGCCGUGUGCAGUGACAGUGACAGAACGCAGUACGUCGUCCAGAGAUUCCCUUGUUACGAACAAUCCAAUGCCACAGAAGAAAGUUGGAGAACCGGGUGGCCCUCUACCCGUCGGAAGUGGGUCGUCUUCGAGUCUAUUUAGUGACAGUGAGAGUGUACAUCUAGUGGUUCAAGCGUUCCGGUCAGUGCCGCCACAAAGCGUGCUCCCGACUACAGGCGUGGACAUGGCAAAUGCCAAGUAUCUUAUCCCCACAACGCUUGCUCCUGGUCGCGAGACGGCUGGCAAGAUGGCUACAGCAACACGUAAUGACUUUUACGGUGCGAUUCGUGGCAGCGACGUGCGGACGUUUAUGGAGAACGACACGUUCCUCACUGGUACCGGGUUGGGGGCUCUGAAUGAGGCUCCGAACGGCAACCUUCGCUUUGUGGCGGUGGAUGAGAUUCUGCGAGUGCCGCGAAGUACUUUUGCAUUGCCGAUUGCGUAUUUAGAUUUCCUCGAAGAGCAAGCGUUGGAACGAACAAGAUGGCUACAGAAGCAGUUGCACGCGAAGCUUGCUGCCCCUCGUGAAGUCGAGCGAUUGAAUACGGAGCUGGAGUUCUUGCGGAAGAAGCAGGAAGAGUAUCUCAAGCAGCGCCAGUUCCUCAUCCGACAGGAAAAACGCUUACUGGACGAGCAAAAGGAUGGCAAGUUCUUCUUGGCAGCUAAGCGUGCUGGUACGGUCUCUGUGGCCAAUGAAAGAGAGUCCUUGGGAGCUUCCAAUUCGUCUGCGGCGAGUGCAGCAUCGACAGCAGAGACGGAAGCGGUGGCUCCGUUCAAGCGGAGUACGUACAAAAACCUCAACUUGUGGCAGUUUCUGCCCACCAACAUGCAGGACCAGUUCCUCUGCACGUACAAGCCUCCGACCAGCAGCAAACAGGGACGUAGUGUCCCUCUUUCGUCUCGACCUUUUGUGUGGCACACCAUGACUAUGGGCUGCCCUGCAGCACACACCAAGGGCUUCGCAAACGGAGGCUUCCCGUCUACGGCUGCAAUCUUGACCGUCACCCCGACCGGUGCGUCGGAAGACGAGUCUCUACUGGAAAGCAGCAACGACGAGGAAAUCCAGAGUCCGACAUCGCCUGUGUCGGCAUCUUCAACGCAGACGACAGCGACCACGGACGACUCGUUGGCAGCGUUCAAGCUGCGUCUGGACCUGCAGGACCGUCUUACUGUGAUCGGCAGUCAGAUUCUAUCGGCCACAGCGGCUUGUUUACUGGCGUCGCUGGACUUGGCGCUCAGUGGGAGCGCCUUGCAUCAAGCGCAGAUCGACCGGGCGCCGACGUUUGGCUUUCUUAUGAACUUUGAGUCGCUGUUGAGUACACAGGGCAAAGAGUACGGUAUGCUGGAGGACUUUGCCGCUGGCGCACGGUGGCUACGCAACGUAUUUAUCCAGUUCCGACGACACACAACCACAGGCACUUUCUUCUCUUUGAAGAAGUAUACACCGUCGGGAUCCAACGCGAACGACAACAACUGCUUGCUGCUUACCAUGGGCAUCGAUGACGAGCACGUGUCGGUGUUGCCACCGUCUCUCGUCUCGGGUGACGGUGUCGUUCACAUCCGCUGCGUUCUCUUCUCCCAAGGAGUCAACGAGAAGCAGAGUCUAGUACACGCGUACAAGUCCAGCGCUGUCAAGCUACAGGAGCGUGUGAACCGGGACAAUCUGAUCGAACUGAAGCGAAUCUACACUCUGUAUCGACAGCUUCGAACCGAAGAAACGGAGAACCGUGUACGACAAAGCCGUCGACUGCGAGCCAGCAGCUCCGUCUCGUCUUCUGCCAUCGAUGACGCGGACGAAGCUGCAAUGGCCAUCGACCGCCACGAUCUGCAAGCUCUGGACGAUCUACUGGUGCAGAUUGAGCACCACAUUUGCUCUCCGACGAGUCAGUACAAGAAGAACGUGGCGCUCUUGAUGGAUUCCUCGGAUUUCUGCCGAGCUCUUGGGGGAGCGCGGGUGACGUGCUGCAAGAGCGGCAAGGACCGUACGGCCAUGUCCGUGACGCUCGAGCAGGCGCGACUGCUGUGCGCUGACCUGCAGGCCUCUCAAGGUGCUGCGCUGUGUGCGAACAUGCGGCUCUAUGGUGUGCGUCGUCGCAACGUCUUCAUGAACACCAAGGCGGACAAAUUCGCCUUCAACGAGGUGCAGCGCAAAAUGCUGCCCGACUGCUACAAACCGCCGGCGGGCACAUACAAGUCCGGCAAAACAUAA